AUUCUGCGGAAACAAGAAGUUCGUCUUGACCUCAUUCACUCGUAAAUUACUUUUUGUUUUUUAGCCUGAAAUUUCAAAACUAUGGCAUUCAAAAGAGGAAUCUGAUAUUAUCGUCCAAACCCAGCCCAGGUUAAAGUCCUGAAUGAUUUUAAGAUGGCUGAACAAAGUCAGACCAAAGAAGAAGCACCAACCUGGCUGACUGAAUUACCGGCUGAGAUUAAGACCUGGACUAAAGACCAUGUCAGACAGUGGGCUCUUAACGAGAAUCUAGUGGACGCUGCUGUUGCAGAGAUCCUAUACGAUCAGCUCAUUGACGGGGCCAGCCUACUCUCGGUCAAAGAGUCAGACCUCUGGCUUAUAGGCAUUAAGUUGGGACCAAUAAAACACAUCCUUUGCAAGAGGGAUGAACUUGUGCUACUUAAGGCAAAGCAACUUGAGGAAAAUAAAGUUGUCAGUCAGUGCAAUCAGUGCAGAGCCUACCCUUUCAACAGAUGCCAUGAUGCCUACCGAUACACAGCGAACAGUAUACUUGAGGUGACCGAGACAGGUCCGUCACGUUAUAUUGAACCAUGCCACGAAUUCAAAGCCUUUAUCCACACAGAAGAGGCCAGUGCUGAGGAUAAAAUGAAGAAGUUUACCGAUGAGGCUCUCCGUUUCGCAGCAGCCUGCAUGAAUAGCCGCACCAACGGCACCAUUCAUUUUGGAGUGGGUGACUUACCGUGGUUCAAACAUGGAGAGAUUGUAGGAGUUUUUGUUCAGGACAAGGAAGCCUUUGUGAAUGGAUUGCACAAAGCUAUAGAGGGUCAUUUUGAACACAAACAUAUUGAGGCUGCAAAGAAAUGCAUUAAGCCACCUCGAUUUGUUCAGGUUCUCAACCGAGAUGCGACAUCCUCUGACAAGUAUGUGAUUGAGGUGGACAUAGUGGCAGCACAUCAGAUCUGUAAAGAGAAUAUCUAUCACAUCUACAAUGUCAACAAGCAAAAGGCAAGAAAAAAAGGGCAAAGCAUGGACAAGGACAAAGAAGAGGAGCGCAAGUUAUUCUUCAUCCGAGAUGGUCCCAGCAGCAAAGAUCUCCUGGCACAGCCCAGCCAGAAAGAAUACGAAAAAUUUGUUGAGAACAUCAAACAGCUAUCAGAGUUCAGAGGAGAAGCAGAGAAAAAGCAUUUCACUGAUGUGAAAGCAAGUGUCCAGGCAUCCAGGCUCAGUGAAAUGCUAACAGGUGGAUCUCAGUCCUUAGAUAAGUCCCACUUUGAGCGGUAUUUAUUGAUCACCAACAAAUCACAUGAUUUGCAGUUGGAAUCCCUUGAAUUUCUUCUUGAGAUGGAUCUGACUGCUGUGUUGGAUUUUGACCCAGAGUCUGAAAUAAAUGGACUGUGUAAGUUUUUUUCUGAGCAGCGGAGGAUAAAUACCCAUUUACCUAAGAAUUACAAGAUUACAGAGGCAGUCGAGAACAUAGCAGAAAAACUGAAACUUACAAAGAACACCAGUUGGGUGUUCUGCAAUGGAAAAACCAAAGUGGAGAUGCCUUCAGACCCAGAUAACUGGUUCACUGAAAAAGGAGCUUCUGUACGAGAUGUUGUUUCUUUCCUGUGUCGUAAGGAUGUACUUCCACACAAAAAAUUCCUGGUUGUCGUCUUGUUGUUAUCCAGUGUGAGUGACAGAAUGGACCCUUUGCUAGAGAGCUUCAGUAUGUUCUGUCAGGAGCUCCAAGGCACUGGACAGAUCCUGUGCAUCUGUGAGGAUGAGAGUGCCUUCACUUGCUGGAACAACCUAAUUAGAGCACGCAGGCUGAACAUCUCAGAAAGGUCUAUCUAUGAGCUCAGUCUGGCUGAGAUUAAUGGGACUAUACUGAGCCUGUGGUCAGACAACCGCAGGUCUAGCCGUUUCUUGCCCUCCGGGGGAGGCAGCAAGGUCCUCCUGAAAAAAAAGGCAGAGGAAUGCUUAGAUACCCUCAGCAUUCUCUGUGUCAAUCAGUGUGAAGGAGGCACUGAAGAGAGGGAAUCCCUGGAGGAGAGCUUCUAUAAAGGAGGUGAAGUGUCCUGGUGGAACUUCUAUUUCUGUGAGCAGCCGGGAUCCAUGCCGUUUAUCAAAAGAGACAAGUAUGACCUCAUUAAGGACGCAAUCAUUCCGCAACUGCGUUCCUUGAGGCAAGCCUGUGUGUUCUUCAACUUAAUGCAUUUCCCAGGCUGUGGGGGCACCACACUAGCAAAGCAUAUCUUGUGGUCACUGAAGGACACAUUUCGCUGCGCUGUUUUGAGGGACACAGCGGAUAACUUUGCUGAAGUUGCCAGACAAGUGGUUGAUCUACUGAUUUAUGAGUCCGCAGAACAUUCCACAAGGUUACCUGUGCUGCUGAUGAUGGAUGCAAUUGAAGAAUUGGAUGCUGUAUAUCGUCUGCAGAAGCGCAUUGAUGAAGAGAUUGUUAAGAGGGAUUGCAGUUCAAAUUGUGCACAAGUCAUACUGCUCAAUUGCAUGAGGACAGACUCCUUGGAUCAGACCGAAGCAACUAAGGACACUGUUUUCAUUGGCAAUAACCUUUCAGAGUCAGAACAGAAACUGUUCAAGGUGAAUCUGGGUCAAAUUGAGAAGACCUACAAGAAUGCAGUCACAUUCUAUGGUUUCAUGAUAAUGAAGACAAACUUCUCACAAGAAUACAUUCAGAGCAUUACCCAGAAUACACUCAAGAACUUCAACUUUGAAAGCAAACCUGCUCAGCUUUUUGCUGUGUUGACCCUGCUGACUGUGUACUGGAAACGUGCAGUGCUCUCUGUGUCUCUCUGUGAAGAUUUUCUGGGAAUGCAAAUUAAGCCGUUGUUUGCUUCCAAAAAGGUAGAGGAUGAGUUUGGAAAGUUCUCCGCAUUUCUGACCCGUUCCACGGUGGAAGCUAAGGUGGUCUAUCAGGCAAUGAAAGUCAUUCACCCCUCUAUAGCAAACUGCUGUUUGCAGGAAAUUACGACCACUUUCAAGGUGUCAAGAGCUAAGAUUUUGAAUAUGCUGUUGACUAAUAGUGCUUUUUUUGAAUGCACACAAGGGAAAGAUAAACUCAUGCAGGAUGUGCGCAACAUAUUGCUGAAACGGCAACACAUGGAGAAGGAAAGCAUGUUCUCUCCUGUAAUCCAUGCAAUUAUCAAGGACAAACCAGGGGAAGAAGAAAUGGUUCUGCAAAAUGCAGCAAAGUGCUUUGACAAAGAUGCUUUCAUUGCUCAGCUUCUUGCUAGGUACCAAUACCUGAAGAAGGAUUUCAGACAAGCAAAAGAGUGGGCUAGGAAAGCGAAAGGAAUUAAUCAGGAAAGCUCCUACAUUGCUGAUACAUCUGCACAAGUCAUUAAGCAUGAGCUGAAACAUGCCAUUAGGGAUAGCAAUAAAGACCCUAUGAGACCAGAAAAACUUAGGGACUGUCUAAAAAUGGCACGAUCUGCAAGAGAUGCCUUCAGGGAAACCAAAGAAAUUGCCGAGAAGGAGAUUGCAUUCAGAGCCAAAGUGAAGAGGUACAACAGCCCUUACAAUUUAGCUGGCUGUCUCGGAGAAAUCCAAGUAGCUGUGAUCAUCAUGGACAUUUUGGAAAAGGUCCCGGUUUUUGCUCCAUCUGAUCGUGUACAGAACAAUGUCUUGGAACAGGUACUCUCUGGAAAAAUUACAAUCAAGGAUGUUUCCAGGAAUGACAACAGGCAUGGUCAUUCACAGUACUACGGUGUGCUUGAAGAGUUUAGCGAUCUUAUUUGUGAACUUAAGAGCACCAUGAAAAAUCUCUUCUAUUUUUUUGAUGCCUUCUUUGUUAACUUAGGCCCAGAUGAACAAACGGAGAGAAAUGUGCAAAAGCUUGUCAUGUGUUGGAAUCGCUAUGCUGGAUUUUUCUGCAAAUCAGGUGUUGCCGAAUUUCAGAUGCAAGAAUUUCUGGAGGAGAACCAAGCUGACACUUGUUUGAGGCUUCUUGACAAGCUCUCAAAGGAGACCUCAGUCGAAACAAUGGAGAAAAUUGUGAGUACUUAUCAAUUAAAUCUGGAUAACAAAUCUCGGAAGGACUGGACGGUCAAGGACAGAGUCAAUUUCAUCUAUGCCAACAUUGUUCUUGUAAAUGUCAAGCCAACAUCACUAUACAUAAAGCGAUACACAACCCUCCUGGAUCUACUGUACAGUGUUCUCAGGGAUCCGGUCCCACACAAGGACAGCAUGGUAUUGCACUUCAUCGCAGUCGCUCUUUUGUGGCCUGGGCCAAAUCCUUUUGCAAAAGCUGAAAGCCUUUUGCCGAAUUUGGGAAGUUACAUCUCUCAGAUGAAGACAUCAUUCUGUAGCGAAAUGGAAUCUGUUUGCCACGGCAAGAAACCUGUGGUCCAUUUCUACUUGGGAAAGAAGCAAGGAUAUGCUCGCCUGGUCUACCGUGCAGAUGUUGAAAGGUUUGCUGGCCCACAGUCUGGUUCCCUGGGGGAAAAUGAAAUGUGGAGCCAUAAGGAAGUCCAGAACCUUCUUUGCAGAGCAACUGGAGUGGUGCAGAGAAACACCAUUUUAGCAGAUACGCCACACCGAGAUGUAAAGAUUGAGGUGAAUCCAGUGUACAAAAGCCAAUUGGGUGGAGGAGAAUGUAAAAGGGUAUCCUUCUUCAUUGGCUUCUCUAUGAAUGGUCCUCUCGCAUUCGAUGUAAAGUUUGAUUAGACUUCUGGCAGCCUUGUUCUGCCAGAUGAAUGGCAUUUUCCUGCCCGUCUAAAUUAAAACACUCUGCCUUUACCAGCCUGAAUCAGAAGAAUCACAUGAAAUAAGGUUUUUGAAAUCUGGGAGUCACUCCUCCGGAAAGAAUCCCCUCUCUGUUGCAGCACACAAUGUAUGAAUGUGUGGGACUAGUUUUAUUAUUGUUUUUUUAUUAUUGUUUUUGAUAUUUUGGUGCUAGAUAUGUUUAUUCAUUUUGCUCACUGCUGUGAAAUAAGUUUCAUGGUUGCACUGAAUAUUAAUCAAAUAGGCCCUUGUCCUUAUCUUUGUUGUACUCUUAGCACUUGAAGUUGCACUUCCCUCAAGGGUCUUACAGCACACUUGUUCCUGGUGAUGGGUAUGCACUUUUACACUUUGUUGUACAUCACUCUGUAUAAGAGCAUCUGCCAAACGGCAAUAAUGUAAUGUCAUGUAAAAGGUGACUGGCUGGCUGCUCUCUGAUAGCUGGAUUCCUGAAGCCCCCCCCCAAAAACCUCUAGCUCCCCCCACCCCCUGUCAGGUGUCCUGUCCAUAUAUAGCUUUAUUUUCUUUAUCUGGUUUUUAUUAAUGAUAAUGUAAUAGACAUAGCUUUGGAAAUAUGUGUUAUUUGGCUUGUGGUGCUUUCUUUUUUCUCAAUACAAAUUGUUGUCUGUUAGGUUAAAAUGACAUGCGUUGAUUAGGAAUUGGCCUUCUCUGUCUUUUUGCUGACAUCACACUUUCACACUUCUAUAAGUCAUUCCAUGCAACACCAUCUGCUGUUAAGUGAUUGUAAUGUUUCACAUCUAAUGUGAAUGUAUUCUGGAUGUCCAUCCAUUAAUUUAACCUGCUUAUCCUGAACAGGGUCACAGGGGUUGGAGCCUAUCCCAGCAUACAUUGGGCAGCCAGUCUCUCAUCUGACCAUUUUAAAAAUAAUUUUAUACAUUGUGGUUCUUUCAUUUUUUGUCAAUUUAUUGCUAACAUAUAUACAUUUAUUUUACAGUAAUAUACUUUUCUUUGCACUGUGCAAUAUGACACUAUUUUACAGUUCACAUUGUUUAAAUCUGAUCAUGUUUGUUAUUGCACUGGUGUCCAUCAGGAAACACACUUCUGUUACUGAAGAGGCACGCUGAAUCAACCUGUUUUUCACUGCUAUGCUCCAAGAUUUUAUCACAUUUUGCAUUAAUAAAAUAUUUUUAAGUA